UCGUGUGUAGAGAGAGAAAACCCUGAAAUCUUCCUGCCCUUAACUGGAUUACAUUAUAACAACUCAGUCCUAGAGAGAGAACCAAGAUCAAAUCCAUGGCAGUUUUCCUGAACUUCUGUGAUCAAGACACGGGAAAUACCUUCACAGCCCAUCUCAGCAAAUCUCUCAUUGAUUCUGGUAUCACCAACUUCUUCUUCUCACACACACGAAAACAACCCAGUGAUAUACAGAGAGCCAUUGAAGAGUGUGAGGUGUUUAUAGCCAUCUUUUCCUGUAACUAUGCUUCCUCUUUCUUCUGCCUCGACCAGCUCUCUUAUUUACUUAAAUUGCCAAGGAGGGUACCCAUCCUUCCUGUAUUUUAUAACGUGGAGCCUUCGGAUGUCGGCCGGCAAAAAGGGCCUUUUGAGGGAGCUUUCGAGGAUCACAAAAAUAACAAUUGUUUUGAUGAGGAGACAUUGCAGAAGUCGAGAAAUGGUUUGAAUGAAGUUGCAGAAUUUUCUGGUUGGGACAUGAAGAAUUACCGGUAUGACCAAAUAUCUUGGAGUAACUUCAAGAACUACUGCUCACAUAAUAGAAAGCUGCAAAAUCCAAAGAAUAGCGGAAAUGGAAGCAAGAGGCAUGAAGUUGUUUAUAUGGUUUCUGAGUACCUGUUGGCAGACCACGACAUCAAAGGAUGGUGGGUAGAUUCAGGCGCUAAUCGGCAUAUUGCAAUCUCAAAAGCCGUCUUUGAGGACUUCAAAGAAAUAAAAGCUAGGGAGAAACGCAUCUACAUGAGGAACAACACCUAUUUUGAUGUAUUAGAUAUAUAUGAAAUGGGGCCUGAUGUACUUCUAAGACUUCUGCAAAAAGUUUAUAUCAGGUCUCGACGUUAUAUUGUACGGGAAAGGGCUGAAGCAGAUUUGGUAAACAAACUUAUUGAGCAUGUUUUUGCAAAGUUGGAGCCCAGAACACCAUUGCAUGUUGUUGAUCAUCCUAUUGGGCUCGAUUCACGGGUUGGUGAUGUGAUGGAACUCUUACAUCUUAAUGCUAAUGGUUUUCGGAUGAUCAGGAUCCAUGGCAUGGGAGGCGUUGGUAAAACCACUCUUGCCAAGGCAAUUUUCAACAAGAUAAAUUUCAAUUUUGAAAGUAGUUGUUUUCUCUCUGAUGUUAGAGAAGGGUCGCAAAAAAAUGUAGGACUUGUGACCUUUCAAAAGCAACUUCUUAGGGAUCUGUUUAAUAAAAAAGAUCCAUAUAUAGAUAAUGUUGAUAGAGGCAUCAAUCUUAUCAAGAAUAAGAUUGGGUCUAAGAAAGUUCUUGUUGUAUUGGAUGACGUUGAUCACCGCAAGCAGCUUGAAAAAUUGGUUGGAGAACGUGACUGGUAUUGUAAGGGAAGCCGGAUCAUUAUCACAACCAGGGAUGAGCAUGUGUUAAAUGUACGUAAUAGAGUGGAUAAACAUCAUAUAUACAAGCUUGAGGUAUUGGAUGACACACAAUCUCUGCAACUAUUCAGUUGGUGCGCAUUUGGGAGGGAUCAACCCAAGCAAGAAUAUACACCGGUCUCCGAAGAUGUGGUAUCUACUGCUGGUGGGCUUUGUUCCCUGGAGAAAUUAGAUGCAGAAGGUUGUGAGUAG